AUGGGAGUCCGCGAGGUCUAUCGUCAGGCUGGCCUCCUACCAACUAGUUUCCACUCGAUUUGGUCUAAUUUCUGUCCCAUUCGGCCAACAUUUUGGUCUAUUCAGGUGGUGCUUUCACUCUUCAACAAUCUCUCCUUUGUCGACCUGUCCAAAUACCUCAAAAGCGGCACUUGGGACAUUUACGAGUGCUCCGGUGAAGUGGUGAACGAGACGACGGGCUCGCAGCGCUCCAUGCAAGUGGUGUACACAAUCAAGCUGCGCCGAAAGACGCUGUUCUACACGGUCAAUCUCAUCAUCCCUUGCGUGAUGGUCUCUUUUCUCAGCAUCUGCGUGUUCUAUCUGCCCGCAGAUGCUGGCGAGAAGAUGACCCUUAGCAUCAGCAUUCUCUUGGCUUUGGUCGUCUUCCUUUUGCUCAUCAGCAAAAUCCUACCGCCCACCUCCACUUCGAUCCCCCUCAUCUCGUGCUACCUCCUCUUCGCCUUUAUCAUCAAUAUCUUCGCCAUCCUCGUUACGGUGAUGAUCAUCAACUGGAACUAUCGAACGCCCCGGACACACGCAAUGCCCCACUGGCUGCGCUGGGUCUUCAUGGAGCGUCUUCCCGUCCUAUUGGGCAUGCAGCGGCCCGGACAUGUGGUUGCCGAGUUGCAAGUACAGGCCUACCUCAAGCACUCCCAGCAACGGGCCGUUCGAGAGACGUCGAAAUCGGCCUUGGCAGAUGAGCCGGGCAGACCAAGAACGAUAGGCCUAACGCGAGGCUGUACUGUUGGGAGUAGAAAUGCGGCAGUCGCACUUGAGUUGACCAAUCGAGCCCGAGUCUCGAGGCAGCCACGACAGCAUAACGUCAGCUCGGCAUUCGGCGCUCCAAUCCACAACCAGUCACUAUGCGCUGAGACGCUGAGCAACCGAUGGCGACGGAGUUGCCAGUCCUUCUCGGAAGUCGAGGCCGGACAGGCCGGAACGGAGACUACCGAAUCGUCCGGAAGACAGACGAAGCCGGACGGACGAAAGUCCGUCUCUGAAAGAAGACGCCCUGACGACCGGACUCACGGUGUGGACGAGAGCGAAUCCAAUUCAGGAUCACCGGGAUCUGCGGGUGUCAGGGCGACGCUGGCAAGACGAACAAUUCGACCGGCUCCGUCUACAACCCACCCGUCCAAUGGUCCAGUUGUCGGGCUGAUGACCACGUCGUCAUGGCAGCCAGUCCAACGGACAGAAGUCUGCAAUGGCACCUCGGCUAGCAGGGUUGCCAGCGAUACUAGUUCGUCGUCUGGCGGUUGUCUCGCGCCAGAGACGGCCGAGAUGGAGAGUCGUUGCCGAGCCGCCUCAAAGUCCUUCGGUAUGGACUGGAGUCUGGCCGACCAGAAUGCUGGGUGGGUGGUGGAGCACGAGAGUGGCCAUAGCAACGCCAGCGGAGGCAGCGAGGGCGAUGAAGAGACGCCGGCGUCGGCCGGCCUCGUCUACACAAACGCUGAGACGCUUUAUUUUCUCACUGAACAGAAGCAGCCCUCGUCGCAAACACCGUCUCCGUCUCCGUCGCCUUCGCCGUUGGCAGCUUCGCUCGACCGGCCGACACGGCCGGCCCGGUUGGUGUUGACGGCUCCGUGCGGCUGCCAGUUGGCCGGACGCGUGUUGGUCGACCGGUCGGCAACGGCGACGGUGACGGCGAUGGAGGCGACAACUCGUCUGGCGGACCGUCGAGCCGGCCGAACAGCGACGUUCGACAACUCGUCGUCGAGUCGUCUCGACCUGCGUCGAUCCCGAGGUGCCGGUUCUGUACCGGACACCGACCCCCCUUCGAACUCGGACGGCAGCGCCGAUGAGCAUCAGCCGCCCUCGGUGCUCCUGACACCGUUCUCGCCUCUUCCUCCUCCUCCUCCUCCUCCUCCUCUUCUUCUUCCUUCGCCACUUCAACCCACUUCGCCCUCUCGAUCCUCCACUCACCAUAUCGAGCCUCAAGCCCUGGUCGGAAAAGCUGGCUGCCUGUCGGUCGAGCGAACCCAUCGCCAGCCUCGGACUCACCGGCCGCCUCCGGCCGGACAGACCAGCGCCGCCUCGACGGCGACCCGGAGGGACUCGGACCGCGCCGGACGGCGUGGCCUGGCCUGCCAUUGGGGCGUUGACUGGAGCGCAGACGUCCUACAAGAUUGGAAGUACGUUGCCUCCGUAAUCGAUCGUCUGAUGCUUGCUAUCUUCGUCCUGGUGACAACUGUGGGCACGAUAAGCCUAUUCAGUAGAGCUCCCUAUAUUUUGCAGGACUUUGACCAAGACGACGUGAUCAGGCUGUGCUCAGCGCCUAAUUGA